AAAAUAAAUAAAAAAAGUAAAUUAAAGCAGGUUAAUCGAUAGCAUAGGGCAAAAACUUAGAUGGAUCAGAUUAGAAUCUGGAAUCUUACACGCAAAAUCGUGACUGUGGAAUCGAACUUUAUAUUCAUAAUUAAAAAAAAAAAGGCAAUACUUAACCAGGUUUUGACGUUUUCAUGAAGCCUAAUUUAUUGAUAUUAUUUACGGUGGUUAAGGCUGAUAAAAGUAGUUCGAAGAAAAUAAUCGUAACUAUGUGUGGAAUAUUUUGUCAAAUAUGUUUCUCAAACACUGCUUCAACUAAGGAUAGCCGGGUAUUGGAUCGAAUUAAAAACAGAGGGCCAGAUUGUCAAAAAUCCUUAGAAAUAAGUUUAGGUGAUGGAAUAAGCGCCUUCUUUUGUGGCGCGGUACUGUGGAUGCAAGGGCUCAAGCUGACUCCACAGCCAGUAGACAACGAACAAGGACUCCUAUUGUAUAAUGGAGAUAUCUUUGACGAAACGUGGGAUUUUACUGUCAGUGAUACUCAAACAAUAAUGGACAAACUUUGUAACAGAACUAAGGAUCCUUCAGAGGACUUUAUUAUCAAGGAACUAAAAACACUAAAAGGACCAUUUGCAAUAAUAUUCUAUGACAAGAUAAGUCAAAAGAUAUAUUUCACCCGUGAUAAAAUUGGAAGGACUUCGCUCUUGUUUCAUAAAAAUGAAAGUUCCAUAAUUAUUAGUAAUGUUUUGGGCAGGGAAUAUGAAUGUGUGGAAGUACCUGCCACACACAUACACAUAUUGGAUUUAAAAACACAUACAAUUAAAUUGUGUGCUUGGGAUCAUGAUUUAUAUUCCACUGUAGAAUUAAGUAUUGAAGAAUGGUUGAAUGAUCUUCAGAAAAAACAAAGCCUACCUGAUGAUGAAUUUAUAUUUCAACUUAAGGAUGAAAGUUUCCCUGAAGAGGAUGAAUUAGUCAAUUACAUUAUCAAUGUUUCUCAACAAAGUAAAUGUAAAGUAACAGCAAUGAAGAAACUAUUACAACAUGCUGUCAUAAGGGAUACAGUUCUAAAAGUAACGGAGCUACUUGAACAGAGCAUUAAGUUACGCUUAAAUAGACAACCAAACAAGUGUAAAAAGUGUUUAAGGAAUAAUUUAAUUGAAGAAGAAAGCUGCAAUCAUUGCACAGUGGGUGUGUUGUUCUCUGGAGGCCUAGAUUGCACAAUAUUAGCUGUACUAGCUGAUAAAUACUUGCCUAAGGAACAAAGCAUUGACCUCAUAAAUGUUGCAUUUAAAAAAGAUGACAAUGGUACCUAUGAUGUUCCUGAUAGGCUGACUGGAAGGCAAUCAUUAGAAGAACUACAAAAAUUAUGUCCAGAGAGGAAAUGGGUCUUUAGAGAAGUAAAUAUACCUAAAGACGAAACAGCAGAGCAUCAAGCAAUUACAAUAGGAGAUCUAGUAUAUCCACGGCAAACUAUCCUGGAUGAAAGUCUAGGUACUGCACUAUGGUUUGCUGCAAGGGGCCAAGACCACAAAGACACUUCUACCAGCAGGGUUUUAUUAGUUGGGUCUGGAGCUGAUGAAUUAUUUGGUGGCUACAUCAGACACCGAAAUGCUUAUAAGCGCCAAGGCUGGCAAGGACUCAGCAAAGAAUUACAACUAGAUUGGAACAGAAUCUCUUUCAGGAACUUAGCCAGAGAUAAUAGAGUCAUAUGUGAUCAUGGCAGGCAGCCUAGAAUGCCUUACUUGGAUGAAAACUUUACAAGUUAUGUAUUGCAAUUAAAACCAUGGUUGAGAUGUUUUCCUAGUGAAGAUUUAAAUAUGGGUAUUGGAGAUAAACUUACACUAAGGUUAGUUGCCUAUAAUCUAGGACUAAUUGAAGCUGCUGUUCUACCAAAAAGAGCUUUACAAUUCGGUUCCAGGAUUGCUAACAAAAAAGAAAAAGGAAGUGAUUUAUCCAAAACUUUUGUUAAAAAUAUAAGAAUUUCAAAUUAUAUUUUCUAUGAACUGACAGCUAUGGAAGCGACGCCUUCACCAGCACAGUUAAAUUUGUAA